CAGAAAUGAAUCUGAAAUCUUCACAUGAGCUGUCUAACGAGUUUAACAGUUCAUUAAUAAAGUACUUUUCAAUAUUAAACUCCAUUGAAAAGAAGAAGUAAACGUAAAAGCAGAGAAUAGAAUGUCCAGAUCAAGAACGGUUUCCUCCAGCAGUGCGAGCAGUUCGACGGACUAUUUGCACAAGGGUGCAAGUCUGGCAGAUUUGCUGGCCACCAGACCCUCCGGACUGCACGAGGUAGAAGCAUGGGCCAUACUGUGCCAGAGCGUGCAGGCAUUGCAGGACUUAUUCUUAUCAGAUGGAUUGGCUGGUAAACAAUGUCUACCUCUAGUGACACCAUCCACUCUGAUGCUGAGCUCGAAAGGCAGAGUAAAACUGUGCCAGAGACCAUCUAUUUUCGUCUCCGGUGCUCCGGCACAUUUGGCAGGAUAUCUAGCUCCAGAAUACAGGGCGGGCAAAAUUUACAGCGAUACGGAGUUUGAAAAAAUGUGGAUUUUUGGAUUGGGCGAAACUUUAAAAAGAGCCACAUUGCCAAGCCACGUUGCCACAUCUAGACUAAGCGGUGAACUGUGUCAUGUUCUGUCAGAUAUGACAAGAACACAGCCGAGUUCCCGGUCAUCUCUGAUGCAUUUACUGGAUGUCGUCGGUCCAUCGGGUGGGAGCAAUAGCGUGACCAAACGCGGAAACCAAUCGACAUUAGUACCGGAUAUUUCAUUCAGUACCCGUUGCCAUGGCUUGGCAACCACAAAACACACCAUUACAUCCCAUCUCAUUCAUUCUAUUCCGAUUUUUCUACAUACGCUGAUCGUCGGUACCAUUUUCAGUACCAUACCUAGGCGCUGGAACAUACCCAAACCUUCAGAUGUUGUUCUGCCCAAGAUCACCAGGGAGGUAGCCACUAGUAUGGAAGAUCUGAGCAUUCUGGGAAUUUCGGAGAAGCCUGGCAAUGUGGCGAGGCCGAAAAGCUUGUGCGUACCUGAUAGCAAGUAUUACCGUGGGGAUGAUGAUAAUUUUUUUCGUGACAAUUUUGUAUUGCAGCACGACUACAAGAUCCAGAAAAACCGUCUAAAAAAGAACCCGAUCCACAGAGCUGCUUCCAGAUUAUACAGGGCCGGCAUAGAUCUUCCAGCAAACAGAGACGGACUCCCCACACAAUGCGUUGGUCCAGAAUUCGUAGUAAGGGCAACCUUGCCCAACAAGAAAUUCGCCAUGCCUGAUUCAAAAGGCACCAAAAAAACCAUCACUGUGAUCAUGCUGGACGGUCAAAAACUGGAUAUAAUGUGUAGUCCGACCAGCACAACGGCCGGACAGCUUCUGGAGUUUAUUAUCCAGAAGGAGCAUAUCCAGGAGAAUUUUAUGCUGGGUCUAUCGGCAUUGAUUGCUGGGGAUUUUGUGUUUUUACCUUCGGAUACUAGGCUUUCGAAGGUGGUGCAUUCUGAGAGCAACCCUGACAUCAAUCUGACUCUAUUUUUGAGAGUUCGUUUCUUUCUACCUUCACUCAGAGGCAUCAGAGGCAGCCAAGCCAGGCACUUGCUUUACCUCCAACUGAGAAGAUCAAUCUUGGAACAUCAACUUCCAUGUUCUUUCUCACAAAUCAUCGAACUCAACGGCCUAGCUUUGCAAGCUGAAUUCGGAAACUACAGCGAACUGGAGCAUGGAGCUAGGGAUUAUUUUCUUCUGGAACAUUAUGUUCCAGAGACUAUGGCUAGUGUGGUCGAUGACCAAAAAAGGUUAAGAAAAGAGUUGAUUAAAGCGCAUGUUUCCCAAAAGGGGUUGGAAAGAGAAAAAGCUGAACAAGACUUUAUUAUUUUCACUCAGAGUUUGCCUCAUUACGGUGGCCAUUUUUAUACAGCCACAUGGAUACUAAAAGACAACACCAACAAAGAUGUCUGGCUCUACAUCAGCGCCCAAGGAGUCAACCUCUACGAACGAGGCAGAUCUACCAGUCAUUUCGGACCUCAACUCUACGAAAAGUUCGAAUGGCGUAGCAUACAGACUCUGUGCUACAGCAAACACUACCUCUGCAUUCUACCGCACAACGGCCAAAAGCAUCGGUCCAAGCUUAAAAAGUACAAACUCAAAAUGGACCACAAAAAAAGUUACUUUGCGUUUCGAUUGGCUUCACUGCACCACCAGUUUUUUCUGCGACUCCGUACAGAGUAUACUUCUCUUCAAUCCUUGAGUCAGCAGUUUGGGAUUCCCCUGAAAGACAUAAAGAACGAGACAAAUUCUUUGUGCAAGCUUGACGCACUUACUCAACCGAUAUAUGCACAAUUGGAACCUUCUGACUAUGAUGGGACAGUUAAUGCUGAAACAGAAUUUCAGGUGGAAUUCAGACGUUCUAAUUCACCAAACUCCAAAAUUGACAGCUCUUUCUACCGAAAAUGCAAAAGCGUUCAGGAUCUGAACACAACCUUAACAGGAAUCAACGAAGAGUACCAAAACAAAGAAAACGAGAACCCUUAUCGAAGGUAUAACAAUAACGGUACCAUUUUAGACAGUAGUUAUCUCGUAGGGUACCCUGGAGGUAACACAGAAAAGAGAAGAGGUGUCAAAAUGGGUACCAGAGCAUUCUCCAACCUAAGUUCACGAAGAGUUUCCAGAAGCAUGGAAGCAGUUAAUGCUUCUGUUCAGGAUUAUCUCGAUCAGAUGUCUUUGCAGUCUGUUUCUUUGCAUUGCAGUUCAAAUUCUAUAUCGAAAUCAUCUCAGGAUGGUGCUCAAUCUGGUGAAGGAGAAGCUUAUGUUAUUGAUUCCACCAUCAAAUCAGUAUCACAACACAACUUCCUUCCGAAUUUCCAUGAAACUAUCAACGACACGUUAUUGGAGAAGCUAGACAAUAUGUCUUUUGCCGAAGAACGGAUUUUAUCAACUGUAAUUGUGGAAAGGGAUCAAAGAGGCAGUUUGGGGCUUCAAAUCACGGAGGGAUCAGAUGGUAACGUUUAUAUCCAGUCAGUGAUUGCUGGAGGGCCUGCUGACUUCAGCCAGAAUAUUCUCAGUGGUGACCAAGUAAUUGCUGUUAACGGUCAGUCGCUUUUAGGAAGAAAAUAUUCGGAUUCUUUGGAUUUGUUGAAGAAUACUGGUCAAAAGGUAGAAUUCAUCUUGUCCCGAGUGGUCACAACCCUAAAAGUUUCAAAUCCACACUCAAGCAAAAGAAGUUUAACCAACAUAACAGAGGACGACUUAGUUGAAGCAAAUAACUCUACUCUAACAUCUCUAAAAAAAAGUUUACAGUACCCUGGAACAAAUUCUGGAAAAAUUACAGCCAGUCCUGUCGAAAAACACUUGACUGAAAGCUGUUGUGACCUGUCCAACAGCACAAAACACGUCAAAAGAUCCUCGACUUCAGAAAAAAGAACGAGCUUUGCAAAGAAAAAGUCAAAUUCCGGUGAGAAUGACAGAGCUGUUAUUAUUGACAUGAUCCCGAAAAGAAAUAUUGAUUGGGUGACUUUUGCAAGCAACGGAAAAUACAUACAAAAUCGAAAAACUUUGCCAGUGGAUAAAUCUAAGAUCGCAUCGGACUUGGAUAUAUCCAAAGAUAGUGUUCUUGGUCCGUCAAUAGCUCUACCAAGGAGCAUGGGUUUGAGUAGAAAAUGGCGCGGUCCUGUCAAGUAUCCGGUGACACCUGUCAAAGGCAAAAUUGAGGGGUCUUCACCGGUGGAAGAAGAUUUGGGAAUAGCUUCAGACGAAGAGCAAGUUUUUAUUUAGUGCUAGUGCCUAAUAUAAUAAUUUUUGCUGCAGUUGUCGUUAUUAUUUUUCGUUUUUUCUCUAGUAGAUGUUAGAGAAUAUUAUACAGGGUGUUCAAGAAAUUGGGACGUAUACAGGGUGGUUCGAAUUUUGUAAUAGGGAAAUUUAGGUAACAUAUUCUGCAGAUACAAAUUAGUAAAAUAGUUUGUAUAGAUUUAUGUUCUAAAAUGCUUCGUUUUAGAGAUACAGGGUGUAGAAAUUUUAUUUUUAUUUAGGUUUUUUCUGAAUAAUUUCAGAAUUAACGUGAUGAAAAAUUGGUGUUUUUUACACGAGAAAUUCAAUUUCGAUGUUAGAUUGAUUCUUACUUGUAAGGGGUGCUACCUACAUGUUUUUUAACUGUUUUGAAGAGUAAUAACUUUUUUUCCGUUCCUGUAUAACAUUGCUCUUUGGAAAAAAAUACAUUUUGCUAGUUUUUUACGUAAAAAAAGGUUCUAUACCCUGUAUCUUCAAAACGAAGCAUUUAAGGACAUACAUUUAUACGAACUUUUUUACAUAUUUUUAUCUGCUGAAUAUAUUGCCGAAGUUUUUCGAUUUCAAUUUUGACCGCCCUGUAUAUGGAAGCGAAAUAUUUCGAACAAGUUUCUCGGAAGUUUCUUGAACGCCCUGUAUCAAUGUGAUUAUAUCAAAUGAAAAUAUUGUAAAUGUGAUAUUAGAUUCAGAUUCAAAAUGAAGUGUUGUUCAUUAUACAGACCAAUGUAUACACACUUGAGAGCUUCCUUAGAUUUUAAAAGUGCCGAAAAUCAAAGAAAUGUGUUUAAAAAAAUUGAAUUAAAAUUAUACCGAUAUCAUAAUGUAACGGUGAUCAUAUCAUUUGUAAUAUCAUCAUAUCAUUCGUGUUACUUAAGAUUUUUAGCGCUUCUGUGUAUAAAAUGGAUAAGAAAAAUACAGUAAUGUGAUAUUACUUUAGUUUUGUUUACGUCAGUUUUUGUUUAGAAGAAUUAUAAUUUAACACAGAAUGUUGUUGAAGUGAAUUAAACAACCAUAUACAGGGUGUUUCAAACCAAAUGCGAAAAACUUUAGGGG